AUGCCCAUUGGUAAGCCGUACUUCACCGUCCCCUCUGAUCGUGACGUUGACGUCGCGGACUACACACCUGAGAUUGAGGCUCGUAUCAACCACAGCGCCCCGGACGAAGGUGCCAAGUACGUCAUCAUCAUGUUCUUCGCAGCCGUCGGUUACGUGUUGUCGGACGUCUGCGCCGACAGCAUCACGUGUGAGUUGGCUCAACGCGAACCCAUUGACAAGCGUGGCAAGACCCAGUCCUGCAUCUACACGGUUAGAACUGCGAUGGUGAUUUUCGGGGAGAUCCUGGUUGGCUUCUUCUUCAACGGUGAAGAGUACGGUGGUACCUUUGACUUCUCGCUAAGUUUUCCUCAACUCAUGAUCAUCGUGACGGUACUCACGCUUCCAGUGUUUCCGAUGACGUGGUUCUUUAUCCACGAGGAGAAGUCAACCGCUGCCAACUUCCGAGCGUACAUCACCGACUUCUGGAACUUGCUGUGUUCACGUGCCAUGUACCAGAUCAUCGCCUACCUUUUCUUCUCCGGUAUAUUCGCCAACAUCACUUACACGGGCAGUACACCCGUCGCAUCGCACAUGGUGGGUGUCACCCCUGUGAACAGUACGUUAAGCGAUAUCCUCAGCAAUCUUCUCUUUGCUGCUGGCAUCAUGAUUACGUCUAAGUGGGGCCUACACUGGAACUGGCGCUGGAUGACGGUCGCUACUGGAGCUGCGGUGAUAAUCGUGGACUGUACAGUCUCUCUUCUCGUGAUUUGGGACGUUUUCCGUAGCCAGUGGUUCUGGCUGGGUCCCCCUAUUGCUGUACAGCUCCCGUACGGCGUUGGGUGGAUCAUCUCGAGUUUCUGUGUGGUUGAACUCGCUCAAGUCGGCAACGAGGCCGCGGUUUACGGGCUCGUCACGACUGUGAGCAAUGUCGCGCAGCCCUUCGCUACAUCGAUCACCCUCGCGAUUGACGGUCCUUUCAACGUUACAAACGAGCGCGUACAAGCCGAUACUCAUUCGGUUCGGGCCGACAUCACGUACACGAUCAUCAUUAUGUACGCAAUGACCAUUUUCUCGUGGGUCUUCUUAUUCCUGCUGCCACCGCAGAAGGCCGAGACGCAGGCUCUGGUUCGCAUGGGAGGCCACAGCAAACUCAUCGGCGGCGUCACGACGUUCUACUUGAUCUUUGCAAUUAUCUGGUCCAUCAUGACCAACAUUAUGGCCAUGUUCGACAGCACGUCGUGCUUGAUCAUAGCCGGCGGAACCGGUUGCUGAGCUCUCGAGGGAGUAUUGUUGGUUGUGAAUUGCAUAGCUUUGAAUUGUUGGGUUGUGAUGCAGAGCAUUGGAUUGUUGCCUGUUUUAUUGAAUUUAAGAAAAGCUCUGAAUUUAAAAG